UUUUUGUUCACCUAAUACAUUGUUCACCUUUUUGGACCGUUGGAUGUCUAACACAUAUAACAUUGGCCGAAUAAUUUUGGAUUCUCAACUUUGUAAAUAAAAAAAAAACAAAGGCAUUAACGUAACUUCUCCUUUCAAAAAUCACUGCCCCACCUUCACAUAACGCCCACCCAAACUACCUUCUUCACAUAACACCCCCACCAAAAACAACUACCGUAUGCACAUAACAUCACCCACCCAUCAAUGGCGGAUCACAUCCUCAUCCAAUCCCUCCAUCACCCACUCCAUUAUAUAUCGAGCAACUGUCCAUUACUGACGACAGCCCCACAAAGAUGGACGGCACCAGCACCUCGAGUGGAAGCAUCGGCAUCACCAUUGGCAUUCUCCUCUUCUUAAUCACCACCCUCACCAUCGCUUCCUACUUCUGCACCCGAGCCUGCUCGUCCCCACCCCGACAGUCUCGAGACCUCUACGGAACCACUCAUCAUCAGCUAUCUGUAUCUGACAAUGAAGUCGGCCUCGAUGAAGCUAUCCUCAUGAGCUACCCCACGCUACUUUACUCCCAGGCCAAGAUCCACAACAAGGACAUCACCUCGUCUUGCUGCUCCAUCUGCCUCGCAGAUUACAAGGACACAGACAUGCUGCGGCUGCUACCUGACUGCAACCACAUCUUCCACGUUAAGUGCGUGGACGCCUGGCUGCGGCUUCACCCAACAUGCCCUGUUUGCCGUACGUCGCCCCUGCCGACCCCUCUUGCAGAGGUUGUCCCGUUGGCAAGCCGGGUAUGAAGCAG